CUCCGAUAUAGAUGAUGAUGAUUGUACAAAUGUUAUAGAUGAUAAAGUAAAACCUUCCUUUGAUAAAUUUGGGAUUUCAGCUGGUAUUAAGGAGAAAUGUUUCAUGCUUCAAUUAAAAGUAAUAGCAUUCAACAGGAUGGUUAAGGUAAAUGGUGGUCGUAAUCUUUCAAAUGAAUAUUGGGAAGAAUUUUGGGAGAAAAAACUUGAUGAGAUGACUAAAUCUAAGGAAAAAAUAACUCAGAACUCUCCUGAAAAUGAGAAUAUAAAAACAAAUCAAUCUGAGGCCGAAAAAAGUAAAAAAUAUAUCAAGCAGAUGGAUAAGUGGUUUAGAAAUGCCGCAAUUAUGGGUCUGGUGAAAAUCAAUAAGAUUUCAUUACAGGAUUUAAUUGGUUCAAACAAUGAAAAUUCAUCAGAGAAAGAAAAACUGGAAGUCUUGCAUGAAACUGCAUCCAACAAGCAUGUAAUGGACGAUGAUAAAUAUGUGGAAUCAGUUCCUCUUCGUGAGGAUCCUGAAAUCUAUAUUCACCCGUUACAAAUGGGAAUAGAUAAAAAAAAGUUCAAAGAUAUAGAUUUUACUCCAUCUCGUAUUGGCAAGAAGACAAUAAUGACGCCGCAAGCAUAUUUUAUCGAUGCGACUGACGAUAGUUCCUUUGAGUUUGUAAAAAGAAAUGACAGUACAACAUAAUAUAUUUUGUUAAAAAUGUGCACAAUGUUCUGUUUACUAUGUGCAUUAAAUAAUAAUAUAGAUAUAAGAAUUAGAUAUGCAAAAGUAGUAGCAAUAUUAUAAAUAAUAAUAAAUUAUAUUAAUACGUUUAAUAUCAUUAAUUACUCAUAAGACAUUUGUAAAGACUGAAAAAAAUUUCAAAAUAUAAGUGUCAAAGGUUAUCAUGUGUAAAAGAAUAUCAUGAAAUAUAAAAUUGCUGUAGGAAUGUAUUUGUCAAGAUAGAUAAUAGUGUACAUAGAUAAAAAAGUAAAGCAAAUUCAAUAUACUUUUGAAAAAAACUUUGAAUUAAACUUUGAAUAAAACUUUGAAUUAAAAAGACAUAUUCAAAGGCUCACUGCGUUCAAAUAUUGCAUGGAGUAAUAACGUAUUCUAUUACAUAUAUGUUAAAUAAAUGACUAAGAUAUUAGUGAUAUUUUUUUGAAAAUAUAAAGAUAAAAAAAAAGGUUUCUCACCAUCAGCAUGAAACUGUUCAACAAACAUAUAAUGGACGAUAAUAAAAGUGAAAAAUUAUGAAUUAAAAUAAACUAUAUAUU